UCUCUCUCUUUCUUUCUCUCUCUCUCUCUCUCAUUCCAUCCACUAGGGGUCAAUGCUGUGUCAGGCAGCCUCGUCCUGGGUACCCAAGGAAACCAAAUUAAAUUCCAGAAUUACAUAAAUGAGGACCAAUGAUCAGUGAUAUCAAUGUUCUUGAAGCAUGUGUUGAGACACAUCCAUUAAAUCCAACAUACUAAGAGACAGUAGAAUGAGGAGUCAUCACAGGUGGUGUAAACAGGCCUUGACCACUCAUAUUGGUCCUAAUAUUGGUGUUAUUAUGGAGUAACUUGAGCGAUGUGAUUCGCUGAGAUUAACGGGGAGCUGCUUUACAAUGCAGCCUUGUUUCCGGAACGGAUUAGCACAUCAAGUGACCGGAGGUGUGAGUGUGAGUGUGUCUUGGCUUUUUCCUUUACCUUUUCCUCCGUCCCAAGCCUUCCGGACGGCGGUCCCACCACGGCCCUCGCCACGAUAUGUGCCCAUGCCCCUGAUGAAGGGUCCUGGCUGACUUGGGGGUCUCCUCGGAGUGAUCAGCAGGGAUGACGGUGACCUACUCCCGCUGCGUGGCGGACGCGGGCCUCGGGACCUUCUCCCGUCUGCUGCUGCGCUGGAAGGGCAGCAUCUACAAGCUCCUGUACCGGGAGCUCAUCCUCUUCACCGUGCUCUACUGCUUCUUCAGCUGGCUGUACAGGUUCGUGUUGAACGAGCAGCAGAAAAGACAGUUUGAAAACCUAUCGAUGUACUGUGACCGCUAUGCUGAGCUCAUUCCUGUGUCCUUUGUGCUUGGGUUCUACGUCACCCUGGUUGUGUCUCGCUGGUGGGGUCAGUUCGAGAGCGUCCCCUGGCCCGACCGGCUGGCGGCGCUGGUGGGGGCCCACGUCCGCGGCGUGGACGAGAACGCCCUCCUGACCCGGCGCACGCUGAUGCGCUACGCCAACCUGUCGGGCGCGCUCAUCUACCGCUCCGUCAGCACGGCCGUGUACAAGAGGUUCCCCACCAUGGAGCACCUGGUGCAGGCCGGCCUAAUGACCCAAGAGGAGUUGAGGCACCUUGAGGCCCUGCCCUCCCCUCACAACAAGUUCUGGGUCCCAUGCAUGUGGUUCGUGAACCUGGCCCUGCGUGCCCGCACUGAGGGUCGCAUCAACAAUGACGUGGCCCUGACCGCCAUCCUCGCAGAGUUGAACAGUUUGCGGACAAAGUGCAUGAAGCUGUACGGCUAUGACUGGAUCAGCCUGCCUCUGGUCUACACUCAGGUGGUGACCGUGGCUGUGUACAGCUUCUUCCUGGCUUGUCUGAUUGGUCGGCAGUUCUUGGACCCCGCCCAGGGCUACCCGGGUCACGACCAGGACUUCUAUCUGCCUGUCUUCACUCUGUUGCAGUUCUUCUUCUAUGUUGGCUGGCUGAAGGUGGCUGAGCAGCUCAUAAACCCCUUCGGCGAGGACGAUGACGACUUUGAAACCAACUGGCUAGUGGAUCGUAACUUGCAGGUGUCCUUACUGUCUGUGGAUGAGAUGUAUGACAGCCUGCCUGUGGUGGAGAGAGAUAAGUACUGGAACGAGUCCGAACCUCAGCCUCCGUACACCGCAGCCAGCGCUGAGCACCGCAAACCCUCCUUCAUGGGCUCGGCGCUCGAUAUCAGUAUGCCCAAGGAGGACAUGGAGUUCCAGCCCAACCUGGAGCAGAUCAAGGAGCACGAGGAGGCCAGCUACUCCACCCCACUGCUGGGGGGCCUGGGCCGGCUGCUGGGCGUCCAGUCGCCCAGCUUCCCCCGCUCCUCCAGGGUGCCCCUCCUCCGCCGUCGCCCGGGGGCCCCGCUGAGCCGCAUCCCGCCGUACCUGCACCCCGCGGGGGGGGCCCGAAACCACGGCCGCCACCCCGCCCACCCGGACCAGGACCCUGACUACCACUUCUCCUCCAUGCCCCUGUACGAGAGGCCGGGUUUCUACAGCUGUCCGCAGACCCCCAUCCACUGCGUGCCCCCCGCCGUGCAGCGGCCGCGGCCCCCGCGCAGAACGCCGGGGGACUGGGAGCGCAGCUGCAGCUCGCUGGUCCCCCCAGUCACGCCCACCACCCUGCCCCCCCCGCCCUCCUCGGCCUUCCCCUGGCUGACGGCCGACGGCGAGGUGCCCACGGCCCCGGCCUUCUCCUUCCCCGACCCGGCGCCGGUGCUCUGGCCCAUCUCUAAACUCAGACCGGGACAGGGCCUGCUGUCCCGACGCCCGCUGCCCCCUCACCUCACCCUGGACCCCCCGCACCCGGCCGACAGCCAGCCCGGGACACCCAGCGGGUGGGCCACGGGCAGUCCGGGGGAGCGGGGGUUGAACGUCCCCCCUCGUAACGCUACAGGGAACGCCAGUAAUCCCAGCAACAGCUCAACCAGCCUGGUCACACCCAGCCACCUGAGCACGAACGCUGCUGCCAACCUCUGCCCCGGGACGACCCACGGCACCCUGGGUAGCCACGGUAACUUCAACAGCAGCCUACGAGAAGGUAACGGGGCGAGCAACGGAGGGCUGAGCAACACAACGAACACUGUUUCCCCUUCAGGGUCGUCUCUGCAAGUAGCGAAUCCACGGCACUCACCCAACGAUUCAGGGAUCUCAUUGGCUGAAGGUGACCUGCUGGGCGCUCUCCUGGAGAGUCAGAAGAGCAGAGCUUCUGGACCGAGGGAACAGGACUAAGGCAGGUCACCUUCCGCAUGUUUUUUCCAGACGGCAAUUACAUUAGAUAGGUAAUGAUAUAAGUGAAAUAAGUGUUAACUGUGUUCUAUGCUAGAUGGAUGUGUUUAGUUGUCAAUGAAGUUGUACAAAGCUUCAUUAAGUUAGCCUUCAUUCAGUUAAUCUCUACUUCCUUCCUGGAUUUACAGAGCAAAUCAGCCUACUUAUGUAGUAAGUAUCGCCUGGAAUCAAUCAAACAUUUCAGGUGUACUUUGCACUGAUCUCCAGCACUAACGGAAAUAAAGUAAGCACUGUUACUCACACUGUUUUCCUACUGUGGGACAGUUCUCUUUAAUAAACCCAUUUCCAUUUCCUGCAUUCCAGGAUUCACACAUGUACUGGUAGAAAGAUGCAUUUGAUCUUUGAAACAAACCAAUGAGAACUAUUUAGAAUGUUUAUUGUAUUCAAGUAACUAUGUCACACUCAUAAAACACAAGAAAAGGGGAUAAACAUGCAUAAAAGAAA